GUGACUAAAGUGAUACACUAGAAAUUCUACAAAGAUGAGAAUAAUAAUUUUUGUGAUCGUUCUACUGACAAUUCUACACACAAGUUUGCCUCAAGACACAUCGACCACCACCCAAACACCAUAUCCUCACCAUUGCCACAAGUGCGAAGGAAGACAGAACAUUGAUCAUUGUUCCUUCUAUCAACCACUCAAUGAGUCCAUUAUUUCGGACUCAGAUCAUACUUUGUGCGAAGAAGGGACAAGAAGAGGAUGCUACAUAAGUGUUGAGGACGGAAUUGUGCGUCGAGGAUGUCUUGGAGAUGGAUAUUGUGACACACAUGAGUGUGAAGAAUGCGGAUUGCAUUACUGCAACGGCGAAAGCAAGGCAAUAAUGUCCUGCAUUAGCUGUGUAUCACAUCCUCGUUAUGGUGGGUACGAUGAAAACUGCCAAGACAAUGCAAAAAAAAUCGAACCAACAUCUUGUGUUACGUACGGAUUCCGUAAGGAAGACAUGGGAUGUUUUAGUAUCUUAACAAACGACACACGCUAUAAUGACAUAUAUGUCUUUCGUGGAUGCAAUCAUUAUUUGCCUUAUGUGAAUGACGUACACCGAUGUUUUGAUGAAAACGACCAUUCUUGCGUCAUCUGCAUGGAAGACGGUUGCAACACUCACUAUGUGGGCUUAGGCGCUAAAGUGUAUCCUACAGUAGCACUGCUUAUGUUAGCUCUAUCUUCAAUACUCAAUAAAUAUUAUCUUUGAUACUUCGCAAUGAGGAAAAAUGAAUUUUCGGAAUUGGACAACAAAAAACCUAUUCGGCGAGAUAAACUACCUUUAUUG